ACAUAUUGAUCUUUAUUAAUUACCUUUGUCAUGUAUCAUUAAAGGUCGGUUAUUGUUACAAAAAUUGUGAGUAUAUUUUUUGUAAUCCUCUCAAAUUUAGUAUAAUUGAAAUAAAUUUCUUUUACACUUAUAAAACUGUAUUUCAAUACACUUUCUGUAUAGCGCAGAUAUAAUUAACAAUUUCAAGUGAAAGUGGUUAUGAUGAACCAAUUUUUCUUUUACUAUCUUGCUGGAAGCAUAAUUUAUCUAUUUUCAAUUUUUCAUAAAAAAAAUAGCUUAAGUCAUUAUUAGUUUUAUCGUUAAAAAGAUUUAGAAUUUCAAAGUGAAAAAAAUCUUAGCUUUCUGUGGCUAUUGACGACAUUACAAAUUUGGGACCUACGUCAUCUAAGCAUUCGAUAAAACUGUUUACGUGAAACUUUAUAAAAAUUACUCAAAGAUUAUUAAGUAUAUAAAUGAAAGAUUAUAUGUUUUUAUUACAAAAAGUUCAAAUAUUGCAUAUAAUUCUUAGCCGGUAAAACAAACUUAAAUUUGACACCUUCACGCGGACAGGUGUUAGAGGGGUGUCUUAUAUUUCUAUUUUCUAAAAUCAUUUUUUCCUGUUGGUACAACAUAAAUUUAUCCUUGAUAGUAAUAUUGAAAACCUUUUCUUCUUGCUUUAAUAUUUUUUUCUCGUUGUUCAAUUCCUUACUUUUUUUUCCCUACACCGAUUAAAUUUUCUUGAAAUAAACAUCUUGCUUCAGGCUAAUAGUGUUUUAAAAAAAUUAAAAAUUACUUUUAUUUAUAUAUGGAGGUACAUUCAGUUUUGCUUCUUUCAAAUUUUUUUUAUAAUACAUAGAAAAGAAGAAUUCACGUGUUUUCAUUUAAGUUAUAUUCAUUUUUUCGUUUCAUAGAAAUAAAUAGGUCUAACUUCUAUAUUGUUUUUAUGGUACAAAUCUUUCUUGUCAAAUUUUAGUUGUUGUUAUCGUUUAUUUUGAACUAAUACAACCAAAAGUCAGGUUUCUUAUCACCAUAAGUAUUGUUAUUAUAAAUUGAAAAUAUUAUAGCCAUUUUGAAAAGUAGAACAAAUCCAAAGACGAAAUUUCCGUUACAAUAAUAGUUUUCUAUUUUUUUGGGUUUACAAUUGUUUCUUUCAAUAUAUACAAUUAUUACAGUUGAACUUCUUGAUUUAUAACUUUUUUUGAAAAAAUUUAUCAAUCAUUGAUUUAGUAUAAAAGAAAUUACAUACGAAAAGCCAAUCUAUAAAAAAAACUGAGUGAAAAUGAAAAGAUUGAUAAACAAGAAGAAGUGAUGACCGUAAAUAAUGAAGAAAAUUCUCAUUGGUAUUUAGCCAAAGAUUUACAAGCUACAAUAAGUUCCGGAGAAACACAGAAUUUAUUUAAUAAAAUGACGGGGUCUUACAACAUAUGGUCCAGACCCGUAAAUUUCAACAUUGUGAAUUCUUCAAUAUAUCCUGAUACAAGAAAUUACGUCAGUGACUUUUCCAUUCCAUAUGAGAAGGUUAGUAUGAUUUCAUCCCUAGAAAAGGACGAGACUUCAGUGGAACCGUCAUUUGAUCAUUCAACUGGGUCUAAUGAUUGCAUUAAUGUGCCUCGUCAAGAAGACUCGCAGUUUAUUCCCACUACAUGGAUAAGUGAUAAUGAGUUCUUGAACACUUCUGAAAAUCGAUAUGUAAAAGAAGAUUUCGAGUUUCAGUGGUCUUGUCCAACUCAAGUCAACAUGCCAGUACAAUCGCCAUGGGAUGAAAAUCAAUUACUGGAAUCUCAUUUAUGUUUACAAUCCACCGAUUUAGAAAACAAUUUGCCAAAUUAUCUUGAGACAUCGAAAACCGGUCCAAUUUAUGAUGUACGACAAUCAUUGAGUAGUUGUCGAUUUGCAGAAUCUGAUUUAAAUAAAGAAAAGGGCAACGUUGGUAAAGACGAUAUUGAAUUUUUAGAAGAUCCUGAAAAAUUAUGUGCAACCAAUGGUGAAGAAAAUUCAGUAGACUGUCAUACUACUAGUGAACAUCCAGAAACACUUUUCACAGAAAAUAUGAUAUACUUUAAACAUAGCCCCGAAAUAUAUAAUAAUAUGAAUGUUGAAAGGCACAAGGAAGGAGUUGCUAACCAGUUGCAUUCCGUAAAUAUAUCGUACGAUUCGAAAAAAGAGAAUGCAGAAAUAAAAAACUCAUCCACGCUAUGUAAAAAUAAUCAAAAUUUUUUCACAAAUAAUAUACUGGAUACAAGAAAGCGAACGUCUCAUAAUAAUCCCAUUAGAGACACUUUAAGCAACUUAGGUCAACAGGUUCAAAACGGAGUUGAUUCUAGCCAAGGUAGUUUUUCAACCACAAGUUUAAAUGAAACUUUUCAUCGGUAUUCUGGCUCUGAUAUUCAUAGAACAAAUAAUAUAAUUUCUCCAAUAUUCAAUCAAUAUAAUAAGGAGUCUCACAUAGUAUUAGAUACGCCGAACGAGAACGUUGCCAUAAUAAACCCUAGUUCUUGUUCCGCCGUAUCGACUGGUCCACAGCAUUGUGAAGAUUCUGGCUUUAAGUGGUAUAAUAGUAUUUUUCAAACGGAGUUUCCAUUAAGUUGCAGCGACAAUGCAACAGAAAAUAAGAAUCUUUUUGUUAAAGAAAAAGGAAAUUACGGUUUUGUUGAUGACGAUUCAUCUUUGAAUCGUAUACAAUAUAUGACAACUAGUACCGGUGACAAUAUUGAAACGCUUUUUUUAAAAAACAGUGGAACACAAGUUCAAACAAUACUUUCGAAAAACACCAGUGUAGAUAAUGGUGGAUCGGAACGAAACAAUUAUUCUCAUAAUCCAGGUGCAUCGUGUUCCAAGAAAGAAACGGCCGGUGAAUUUUGGAAAACAAAGUCGCUUUUGCAAGCCCAAGACCCAAAUGUAUCAGGAUAUUUAAACAUAAAUUGUGAACCCAGUACAAUUUCAUCUCUCUCCGAUAACGUUUCAUACGCUUAUUUAGAUAGAAAUGUCUUUAAACUGGACGCAUUAAGCUCACCUGCGUCUUUUGAUAAAGGGAAAUCUUUUGAGCUAGAUUCUCAAAAUUUUUCUACAACACAAUUCGAACAUUUCAGAAAUCAAGAUGCUUAUAGUUGUGUCGUGAAUAAAUCAGAAAAUUAUUUGUUUGGCUCCACCAUGUCACCCUUAAGUAACAUACAACAGGAAGCAAUGAAUUCGCUUAUCGAGUUUGGAAAUAAAAAUAACAGUUGUUCACAGUCUCACGAUUAUAGUAGCAGCCUAUGUAAAAAAAACUCUCCCGAUAAAGAGUUUUUUCACACAAUGGUACAAACACCAAUUAAUAAGACAAAAAACCAUAGCAUCGAUGGUGGUGUUAGUCAAAAAACUAAAGGGUGUUCAAGUUUCUUUAAACAAAUUCAAACCAAUCCAACCACAGUAUCACAACCUGAUUCAUACAAUUUUAAUCUAUCAAAAGUUGGCUCAUUUUGUGAGGUUUCGGGCGAUAUGGAGAACCCAUCUAGGAUUGGCACUGAGUUUAUGAAAUGUUAUGAAGAUACAGCAGCGCUAAUAUGUGUUUGUUGCAUUCUAAUCAGUUUGCAUUGGAUUUUAUGGGUUACACAACAAUGGUAUGUGUGGAAAUGGAAACAUAAUUGUAUUGAAGGGUGCCACCUUAAUACAGUUUUAUCAAAAACUAAAGGAACAAGUGGUUCCAGCAAGAAUGUUUUAUGUCAAUCCGUUCACUCAAACGAAGAAGAAAAAGUUGCUAUGCCUAAAGGUAUAAAUAAGGUUGAUUCAGAAAGUCGUAAUCACACUGUUUUUAAGGACUACCGCGUUUUUCUCUUGUAUUAUUGGGUGGAUGUUAUAGAUUGUUGGCUUAGCGAUUUAUCGAAUCAACAUGUAUUAUUUGAUACUGACGCAGAUUCAUACAAUUCCAUUAAAUGCUUUACUUUGUUUCAACCAUUCUUUAUCCAUUUGAAAAAUUCUAUUACUAACCAUCUUCCUCAAUUUUCUGAUACUCUGGUAGAUCUUAUAUGUCAAGAUAACGUUUGGUUAAUCAAUAAUGUUUUUCUACUUCAACAAGGAACGGAACAUAUUGUUUAUAAUACCCACAGAACGGAACCGAUUCAUUAUGAUUCACUUAAUAAGAGUGUCUUCCACGAUGAUUCAAUUGUUCACGUGAAUUCAUUAUUACAGGCAACAAUAUGUUACAUGAUGAAUCAAGUAAAUUACUUUUGUUUCUGGAUAAAGACGAAUGUGUCAGAAUCGUGUGACUCAACUGAAAAUUUAAGUGAUUUUUUUUUUCGAGAAUCUAAAAACAAAGAAGGAUUUUUGAUUCAGGGUAUGCAAGAUUUUUAUAAAGGAGAUCAUAGAACAAAACAGCUUGUUCCAAUAUGUUCAAAGUGGAAUGAUAUUUCUGAGAAGACUAAAACAUUUCAAGCGAACUUUAUGUUAGACGAAAAGAAGAAACAAGGUUGUGUAGCUGGUGCAGAUGGGGUGUACAAUAUGUCAAAUGAUACCGUUGUAUAUGAAGGAAAAUAUCCAGAAUCGAGCGAGAAAGUUGAUCUCAAUAAAAAUUGGUCAAGAGAAACAGACAAAGCCAUGUCGAUACACAAUAGAUUUGAAUCGAGAAAUAAAGCUUUGAAUGAAGUGAAAAAUAGGAGAAGUAGUUAUUCUUCCAAACAAAAAACGUUUUCAGCUGAUUUAAAUGUCAGUACAGAAAUUAAACCCUUACCAUAUGACGUUUGUUACGAUUCACCUUCAUUCUUCGACUACAGUGACACUACAACGUGCUAUAAACGUACUUCAGUGCCUAGAACGGAUGCCCAAUCAACUCCUUACACAUUACCCAAGUAUGAUUUCAAACCUGCAUGCCAUUUGCCAAAAAAAAUUGUUAUGAAUAAAAUAAACGCGAGGACUACUACAGAUCGACCGUUUAACUAUAAUAAUCUGUCAUACACUAGUAAUGCUGCUCAGAUGGCUGAUGAAACGGAAAUUUACAGUUCUUCUAAAAAAACACAAAUAAAAGAAAAAUCGUCGUCAAAAAAAAAAAAAACCGUUUCUUCUAAUUACCAAUUCAAAAAUUUGCAAGGGCAAGUUUCUUGCGAUACAUCGGCAGUCCUUAAACUGAACGAACAAUUUGAUAAACGGUAUUGUGCCCCUGGGCUUUAUUUUGAUAGACGUAGACGUGGGUUUCGCAUACGCUUUCAAAAUAUUUAUGUCGGUUGGGUGUCGCUAAGUCGUUAUGCAUCCUAUGAACAGGCGUAUUCUACUGCUAAAAUGAUAUGGGACAAUGCAGUACGUGAGGCUACAACUCAUCAAAAUCGACAAGCAGCGUUACACGCAGGAAUCCCUUUACAAAUUCAAACACGUCUACAUGUUCGUAAUCCCGGUGGUCGUCCACGAACUGUAAGCCGUUUGUCUCCCUUAAUCGAUGCGGAAAUACUCGUGGCUGUUAACACCGCAAAACGGUCAAAAACCGAUUAUUAAAUUUAUUUUAUUUUUUAAAUUCAUUUUAAGUCUUUUCGUAGUACUUUUUUUAAUUUUUUUCUGCUUAAUUAUUUAUUUUUUAAUUCAAAUAUUUUUUUUUAAUUUUUUUAGUUUAGCACUAUGGGUGCAAAAAAAAAUUCUCUAAAAUAGACCAAUUAAAUAUUAGAUAGU